AUGGCUGAAGGAGGGCGCCAGCCUCCAGUUAUUAAUGUUCAGCUGCCUGCUAUUAACGUCCAUUAUCAGGAAGGAACGAGAUUUGCUGGCGACAAUGUUGGGCAGAAGACCAAAAUCCAGGCUGGUGAAAUCGGUCAGAUUGUCAUUCCAACAUCAGGAUCGAACGAGCAAACACCAAAUCGCUAUUCCUCCUGUGACGUCACUGAUGAUAUUGCAAGAAUGAAUCUGACUCAAGCAAUGGAUUUCGUCACAUAUGAGAAUCUAAGACGAUUGAUUCACCAAUCCAAAUUCGCGGAAGCGCUUAUUACUUUGCAAGAUAUUUCACCUUCGCAAGAACAACAAAUCAUGAUGUCAGAAUGCUACUGUCAACUUGGAAGACCGGAUAAAGCAUUGAGGUGCAUUGAAGCGUUACAAACAACGAUGACGUCAUCACCGAGACCUAAUGUCGAGGACGUCAUCAAAUUAGUUGAUAAUUGUAUUUCUGAUUCGUCUCAUAUUCGUGCAUUGAUUUUACUCUCUUGUUGUCCUAAGUUGUAUAAGUUCGAUUCGAACCCGAAUAAUGCGGUUGAUAAACUUAGGUAUUGCUCAUUUAAAUGUUGGAAAAUUAUCGAGGCCCUGGCUAAAGAAGGAGGGAAUAUGAGAAACAUAGCAAUGAAUGUUGGUUUAAAACUUAGCACUGAUACGUUAAGAGAGUUGAGAUUAGUAUCAGGAACUGAUAAGAAUGAGAAGGCCUGUAUGGAAGCGCGAUGCUUGAAUUAUGUUGGUAUUAGUUACAAAGUAGUUGGUAAAUACAAGGAAGCGAUAGGAUUUUACGACGAAGGUUUGUCCUUGAUGAAAAAAACGUUUAGUUCGAACGCUGCAAAAUAUCAGAUGUUUGGGGGUCAUUUGAACAACAUUGGCAAUGCGCAUAAAUAUCUUGGUGAUUAUUCCAAGGCUAAAUCAUUUUAUUUAAAAUCACUGGAAGCGUAUGAGAAAGCUGAGGAUUGGCCUAGUGAUAAGGCGAAACAGAAAAAUAUAGAAUCUACAAAGGAAAACAUGAAAAACACUCAACGUAAAAUGAAAAAGUGA